AUGGGUGACCUCGUGCAGUACGAGAAACCAAAGGAAAUCGAAGAGUUUAAGGAGAAAAAGAAGAAGCGACUCGAGGAGAAGCGAAAGGAGGAAGAUGUUGUUUCCAAAAAGGCUAGGAUGGACAUCAACAAAGGUGAGACUGUGCUCAGUACAGAUGUGACGGAGAUGCAGAUCUACCGACCACGGACAGCUCAAACCAAAGCAGUGUACGAGAUGCUGCUAAAUCGUCUUCAGCAGCCACUUGGUGAUCAGGCACCCGAUGUUCUUCGUGGUGCAGCAGACGAGGUCUUAGCUGCUAUCAAGACAGAAGGCGUGCUAGACUCCGAACGCAAGAAGGACGUUGAGGAGGUGCUUGGAUCCAUCUCCGACGAGUACUUUGCAGAGCUCUUCAGAUUGGCAAAGCAGAUCACAGAUUUCGGCGCCGAUGUGGAGGAUGAGGAGCAGGAUGACACUGUGCGCACCAAAGAGGGCUUAGACGAUGCUGCAGGUGUUGCUGUAGUUUUCGACGAGGACGAUGAGGAUGAGGGUGGAGACUACAUGCACGAGCUGGGAGAGGAUGACGAAGAUGACGAUGACGAUGAAGGUGGCAAAAUGGAUGACGACAGGGACGACCGGGGAAUCCACGCCACGCUGCUGGAAGCCGACGACGAGGAGGAAGAAGCAAAGAAGGAGGAUAAGUACAAUGUCGACAUUCAGAAGAUCGAUGCGCACUGGCUGCAGCGAGAGCUCGGCAAGAUCUUUCAGGAUCCAAACAAGUGUAUUGCCACCGAAAAGGAGAUUUUGUCCAUUCUGCCUAUCAAAGAUCUGCAGCAAUGCGAGAACAGGUUGGUGCAGGUGUUGCAGUAUGAGAACUUCGAGUUCACCAAGUUGCUGCUGAAGAAUCGUCUCAAGAUCUUGUACUGUACCCGUUUGGGUCAGGCACAGACCGAAGAAGACAAGACAGCAGUCCUUGAAGACAUGCGCAACACACCAGACGCUCAAGCAGUCCUUGAGGAGUUGGACAAAGCAUCAAAGAAGCGUGACAGGGAGCGCGAUAUCAACAGGGAUUUGCGAAAGGAGGUGCGUCAGCUCCAAUUGCGAGGCUGGAAGCGGUUCGGUCAGUGGAGCCAUGGAAUGGAGAAAUCGCAGUGGAGCCAUGUGGUAACCAGCUUGGUCGCCUUCUUUGAGCCCAGCACCUUUGAGACUUUGGAGAGUGUGUCGGGUGCUUCCACCGUUGCGAAGAUCGACUAUUGGCAGCAGACCAAUGAAAUGGACAUGCAUGCCGCCUAUGUCUUGAACAUGUCGGAGGUAUCUGCAUCUUAUUGCUGGUCCCAAGGAUUCAAAUAUUGGGAACUGGCCUUGAAUCGCAAGCAUUACUUUGAUAGUUGGAUCCAUGAGCUUGGAACUUCCGUGGAAUGUGAAGGUUGUAGCGAACUUCGACAACGGGUGGAGGGUCUGGCUGUGAAGAUUUUUAUUGGGCUUUGCGUCCCAGAUUUCUGCAGUGACACUGAAAUCAGAGAGGAGCUGGCCCCUGGAUACUUGAUGCACGUUCUGAACAGUCCGCUUCCAUUCCCAGUCCCCGCAGAGCCACAACUGGCUGUAGCAGAAUUGUCACAUUGGUCUCAUUUUCGGCUGGAUUUCGUCAUUGCAGGUCUUGAUAAUUGUGGAACCACUUCCUUGGGUCGCUGGCUUCAACAAUUGGAUGACAUCGAAUUUAGUCGUUUGGGUGAAGAGGACGAUUUUUUUUUUGAGAACGACCGGCUGCUGCCGUUUCUGUCGGAAGUGGAGAGGUUCAACUCGCAAUGGAAGAGCCACCGGACCUUGAAAGGUUUGCGACAUCCGAGCCUCUGGGCGCACCUGCGAGUACGGAUGGCGCUGGCACGGAUCCCACAAUUGAAGGUGUUACUGGUCGUUUGUGAUCCAUUGAGUCGUGUUGACAAGGCCUUUUGGUGGUACCACAUUUGUGAUCCACCCCUUCCACAUCCAGAAUUUGGGCCAUUGGUGCGGCCCAGGGGCUGCUUUGAAAGCAUCAGCAGUGUACUUGAGUCCACACUUGAACACCAAGGGCCCACAUUCCUUGGCCGUUUUGCGAUCCAAAGACACGUGGAACACCUAAAACAACUCUUCCAACAGCGACUGCUGGUUGUACACCAAGCCUUCAUGCGUGAAUCCUCCUGGGACACUUUCCUACAGAUUGCCAGCUGGUUGGGCCUUUCCAAGGUUCCAGCAGACAUUCAGCUUGGGAGACACAAUCAUCGACCGGGGCACAGAACAGAUCUUUGCAGAAACUCAACUCUGGUGAAUCUUCUGAAAGUGUUACUGUCGUCAGAGUAUGACUUCCUGAAGCGGCUACUCCUGGAUUCAGGAUUCCCCAUGGGCUUGCCAGAAGAAUUGCUGCUGCGACAAAGCCGUUGCGAAAGCGCACGUGAGAAGGAGAGAGGAAUGGACGAUGAAGGUCAGACCUUGGGUCGAGGAAGAGCCAAGGUGGCAGAGGAGCAGCAGAAGAAACCGUCCCACAUGCUGGACUUGGACACCUUGUCCUUCUCGAGAGGCAGCCAUUUCAUGGCCAAUUCCAAGUGCCAGUUGCCAACUGGUUCCUUCCGAGUGCAAAAGAAGGGUUACGAAGAAGUGCACGUGAAGCCUUUCAAGCACCCAGAUGUGAAUCCCGAGGAUUUGAUCCCUUUGUCCAAAUUGCCAACGUGGUGCCAAGAGGCAUUCCCUGGAGCUACAAAGCUCAACACCGUGCAGAGUAAG